AUGUUACUUUUCAAGCUUCAAACAAACUUCAAUAUUACAGAGCACAAUUCUGAUCAGGCAGAGUUUUUGAAGCUUUGCAAGAGCGUUGAGUACACCAUUCGAGCAUGGUAUCUUCUUCAACUUGAAGAUCUCAUGGUGAUGGUGAAGAGUAAUUUUAAGAUCUGCACUAAUGAGGAGAUUGAUGUUGCACAAUCUGGGCAGUAUCUUUUAAACCUUCCUAUGACAGUUGAUGAAUCAAAGUAUGUGAUAUUCCGGAGAGGCAUUGGACUUGAUAAGACUACUGACUACUUCAUCAUGGAGAAAGUGGACAUCAUUAUCAACCGUUUAUGGGGAUGGAUUAUGAGAAUAACAAGGAUAGAAAAACUUUUUUCUAAAAAACCCAGUGCACGAGUUGAAAGGUUCCAGAUUGAGAACUUAAAUAUCAGUUUACGGAGUUUGAUGAGUAAGAUCACAAUACAAGAACCUACAUUUGAUAGAAUAACUGUCGUUUACAGACGAGCAAGCACCAAGGGACAAAAGGAAAAGGGAAUCUAUGUGAAGCAUUUCAAAAACAUCCCAAAUGGCAUAUAUGGAAUUAGUCCUAGUGGGUUUUUUUUUUUUUAA